UUGGCUAGCAUAUCAAAAGGCUGCCAGGUGUGCGAGAUCUCAGCCUCAAAGACUAGAUCUAUAGACACUAGUCAUGACUGCACAGUUAAGGGCCUCUUACCUUGUUCCUCUUCUGCUAGUCAGCUUUACACAGACAAAUGCCAAGCCUGAGAAGAUGAAGAUGGAUUGCUACAAAGAUGUGAAAGGCACAAUCUAUGACUAUGAAGCCCUCACUCUGAAUGGAAAGGAGCACAUUCAGUUCAAGCAGUACGCCGGCAAGCCCGUCCUCUUUGUCAACGUGGCCACCUACUGUGGCCUGACAGCUCAGUAUCCUGAACUGAAUGCACUUCAGGAGGAGCUGAAGCCCUUGGGCCUGGUCGUGUUGGGCUUUCCCUGCAACCAGUUCGGAAAGCAGGAACCAGGAGAGAACUCAGAGAUUCUUCCGGGGCUGAAGUAUGUCCGUCCAGGGAGAGGAUACGUACCCAACUUCCAGCUCUUUGAGAAAGGGGACGUGAAUGGCGAGAAGGAACAGAAGGUCUUCACCUUCUUGAAGCUCUCCUGCCCUCACCCCUCUGAGGUUCUGGGCUUAUUCAGACAUAUAUCCUGGGAUCCCGUAAAGGUCCACGACAUCCGCUGGAACUUUGAGAAGUUCCUGGUGGGGCCUGAUGGAGUCCCUGUCAUGCGCUGGUUCCACCGGACUCCCAUCAGCACGGUCAAGUCAGACAUCCUGGAGUACCUGAAACAGUCCAAAAGUAAAUAGGAAGGCCGAGUUUGGGGGAGGAGCCACCCUGCUUCUUAUCUGAAGACCUUUAAAAAAAUUCCAUGUUUCACUACACUCUUCCUAAAUGGCCUCCACUUGACUAAAUCACUCUAUGCCACCAGAGUUCCCACUCUCUACCAAGUAGAAUUAUAUUCAGAAGGUUACUGCUAUUUCUCCUUGCAAGAGUAUAUAUGUGGGAGAAGAACAAAAGAAUGGAAACCCUAAAUCCUCACACCUCUGUUCUAAAUUUAAUCACUCCUAACCAUCAAAGGAAAAUCAGCCUUCCAUGAGGAUGGCUCAGUCUGCCACGACAUCCUGAAGAAGAAUGUUCCUAGACAGAAUGUUCCCCCUUCUCUCUCCACCCUGGAGGUGUAGAAAUAAGAGUGGGAGGGUAACUGUACAACCUAGGUUCCAGCUCAUAACACUUUCCCUCCCCCAGGACAAACACGUCCUGUCAGUUUCCAAGUCUUUUCAGAUCAGUGUUCAUCCAUGACCCCCACCCUCCCACAUGCACGCUGACUGGUCAUUUUGGUUUAGGAACCCUAAGGUGGAGUGGGAGCAGGAGACUGCCUUGCAUGGAAAGAGGGGCAUCUCCAUGAUAGUGGGACCCAGAGCCUCCCUCUAAUUUAGAUCCUACAGAAACUUCCCUACUGUCUGACCUCCAGUGCACUCAGGUUAAGACACCUGGGCAAGGCAUCCUUUGAAGGAUGGGCUUUCCCCUCUCCACCCUAGAUUCCUCAGCUUCAGAACCAGCCCUGCACUGUCUCCAAUAAAAUGUUUUCUGCAGC